AUGAACAUAUCUAAAGUGGAAGAAACCUACACUAUUGGAUGGAUAACCAGUGGAGUACUGGUCUUUUCGGUUGCAUGGAAGACGGCAAAACUGAUCCGAAGCAAAUUCGGGCUACCGGAGUCUCCAGCUUCAGAUUGCCUCACUCACUGCUUUUGUGAAUUUUGUGCUCUUUGCCAAGAAUACCGUGAACUGAAAAACCGUGGUCUUGACCCUUCUCUUGGAUGGCAUGGGAAUAUGCAAGUGGUGAUGGCUCCUCCUAUGGGUCAAUACAUGAAGGGUUGAUUUAAAAAGUUGUAUGUUUUGCAAUAUGAUUGAAUUUAAAUAAGUCGAUUCAUAAAUACAACACUUUUAAGUG